AUGGCCUCCGAAGAACCACUAUCAGAUAAUCUUGUUGGAUUCGAUUACAGUGAUGACUUAGUAAACGCCUUCUACUACACUUCAGGGGAAGAGCUGGAAGAACCAUUGGAUUUGGAUACGGACGAGGAAGAAGAUGUGGACUUUUAUGACCUCUAUGAGAAUCUACGGCUCACUCGGCCGCCGUCGCCAUUAUUCGAUGAGGUGUCGUCAGAUGAGGAAAGCUUGGCGGAUGAAGACCUCGAUGAGAAGAGGCAUGCACGGUAUAGCACUUCAACUGUGAAGGGAUUCGUUGUCGAAAGCGUAACUGCGUCGGAGACAAACAAAAAAGCCAGUGACUUGGAGUCAGAUGGUUCCCCUCAAGGUGGGCGCACUGUUAUCUUGCCGCGCACAAGGUCCGAGCCGCUGAAAGCGCCACACGCCGUUUAG